CCAUUCCCAACGGUUUAGAAUCGCAACGAAUCGUCUUAUGCAUGUUCCAAGCCGUGCCUGAAGCUUGUCAGCGUAUAUGUUCUCCUUUAGUUGAGCCUCGGGUGCAUAGGUAGUUGGUGGUUAAGGAGAACAGCACCUACACCGUAAGCUCACCGAAACAACAUCACGAGGACCCCAGGUCUAUAAGGGCGAUACAAACCCCAAUGUAGAAUCCGCGUAUGCUUGCCCAUGAGUUUCCCUUCUUAGUUUCUCCGAGGCAAUUCGGAAGCCUGCCGUGACUUCCGCCCAACCUGAAGAUGUCCGAUAUCGUGUAUAAGCUGAAUGAAUACGUAGGCUUUCGUGUUGACCAGUUCAUGACCAACACAAGCUUCAAGGGACAAUGCGCCCAGAUGAUCGAAAACCAACUCCAAAGAAACGAUUCGAAAUCUACCGACGAGAUCAUCGACGGGUUCGUUGACCGCUGGGGCCACCGGAUAGGGGGGCAGAAUGCGAGGGGCAUAGUUUACGACUUGUGUAAACGAUAUUGCGGAAGGGACAUACUACGCACUGUAUUUAACAUCGAAACCUUCUCGUCCGGCGCAACGAACUAUAUCCUCCCCUGGCUGGCGCUCACGGCGCAGCUACCAUUCGAAACGGGCGAGUACGCUGUCGUUACGAACGUCAUGGCCUUCUGCUAUGCAUUAGGGAGCCCGAUGCUCAUCUCCUACUCCCUAAUGCUUACUGUCCUCAACCAGUACUGGCUCCGAAAGAAAUUUCACCACCUGGAGGACUCGGACCGCCCUUUGCACGGGAAGUCGAAAAACGCCCGAAUAUUCCUUCAGGAAAGCCAGCAACUGCCGCUGCGGCUGUCGCAGGAGGACGGUAGCCUCGGUAGCCUAAUCGUUCUCGACCAGAACACGGACUGGUGGGAGAGGCUGAAGAGGAACAUACUUCUCACGAGGCGCGGCGUCACGCUUCCCUUGGUGGCACAGAUGCUGGCGGCCAUCCUGUCCUGGGUGCUGACGGUCGUCGCGUCGUUCGUGACCAGCCUUGGCAACAUCACCCAGGCGCUCGAGUUAUCAUCUGGGACUCUUUGGAUAUGGCUGAUACCUGUCGUAAGCGGUUGGAUUGCUGUCGGGACGCAGACGGACCACCACAUGAUCGGCUAUGCCCUGAAAAGGGAUAGGAUACAUAUCGUCGGACCCACGAGAGCGGGUAGCACGUCUAGCGACAGCCCAGCCGAUACGCCUACAGAACACCAGAAAGCUUUCGAGAUCGCUACCCAGCGGAAGCUCUUGCGCCCGCUGGCGCGGUCUCUCGCGCCCGAUGAGACCCCUCACCCUGAACAAGAGGCAGAGGGAAUACCGAACUGUCUCGGCUGCAGCGUCGCCGGGGACGAGAAGCAGCCGGGCGCCACUUUCAACUAUGCACGUGUAUUUACGUGGUGGAACGUGGUUACCUGCCUGCACGGUGCGUUCGAAACAGCCAGUGCCAAUUUAGAAAGGAGGUCGAGUCUGGAUACGGAGACAGUCCCCCCACGCGACAGGUUGAGUAUAUUGCUGUCCUGCGGGCUCGCCAAGCGAAAUGGCGACGGAAUCGAGGCCAAGGAGAUCAACGAGUAUCCCUCUUGGGGCUCUCUCGAUGCCGACUUAUUUAAACGCAUGAUCUUAGCGGCCUGCAUGGCAACGUACGUGCAAUGGGGAACGACCGGCGCGGCUAUAAUCAUCGCGCUUCUGACCGAAGUCAGAGGACUCGGUUGCCGUUCAGGGAGUUACAUCAUCUAUGGGCUGCUCAGCACAGCGUCCUUCUUGCUGCUCGUCGUAUCGUCAUUUCUUUCGCACGAGGCGAUGCUGCGUCACGAAACCGCACAGCGGGCGAAGGCGCUUGGCAAGCCGGCGGCGGCACGCGGCCUGCUAACGGCCUUCCGGGUGUCGGCGGUGGCAACGCGGCUGCUCGGACAGGUAACCAUCGUGGCCAACACCGUCUGGAUUUUGGUUUCGUCCAUGUGGGAGAUCACGGGCUUCUACGACAAUUGCUGGUGCAACACGACGUACUUGAGCAAGGGAUCGAACGGCUGGCUAAGCCUAUUCACGAUCGAAAAGGAAACGGCAGAGUCGGCACUGGAGUCGUGGGCCGGCGGGGUGUUCUUAGGCGUGGCCGUGGUCAUGUCGAGCGUUAUAGUCAUCUUGCUCUACUGCCGCUGAAAUCGCAGUUAGAGUGCGACCGCUCAUUCCGGAGCCGACACCCAACAGACAUCGACCGGACAGGUCGGCUGCGAGAGAGCAAUGGGAGAAAAUGACAAUUCAGGCACAGGGGGGGGGGGAUCGGAGCGACAGCGGAGGCGAGGGUUGGGGGUUUGUUGAUGGGAAC